AUGUGGAAUUCUCAGAAGAGUGUUCAAAAUGUGGAAUUCCCAGUUGUUUCGAAACAGAAAACCCAGCCUCUUGACGAUAAGGAUGAAGUCACAUCUAACUUCACACCAUCCGCUGUGCGUCCCACUCCGGCGCAAGACAUUAUGAAGGAAAAGAUUGCUAAACUUCGUGUGGAGCUGGAUUUGACGGAAAGGCGCGAACGGUCUUUCAUUGCUGAGGGCACCGAGCACGAGAAAGCACGUAAGUUGCGUCGAGAAAUCGAUGAUUGUGAAAAGAAGCUCAAGCUUAAAGCGUGUGGUAUGAAGCACAGGAAAAAUAAGAGGCAACAAAUAAUUGAAUUAUGUUCUAAGAAUCCCGAUGUAGCUAAGUCCUUGACUCCUCGUGAUGAUAAAGCCCGUGUUCCCAUAGGACUCAUAGCGGCAAACAAGCAGGCGCCUUUGCUAAUGCACGUUGAAUACAAAGUGUCACUGCCAGAUCACGACUUUGUGAUUGCUUCAAGGCACAAAUUAAUUUCAAGCGUGUAUGCUCUUUGUGAAGUGAAGUCCAAUGAGAUGGGACGGCCAGAAGCUGUCUCAUACAGUGGACCAACUUACAUAGCAAUCAGAAGUGGCAAGCACUCUUCGUCAACUGCAACUAGUCACGCUCAAGACUUGGACACUCUUUAA